UCAGAGCAGCAUUGCGCAGGCGCAGCGUCCCGUUGCUAGGGCCCCUCACGCCAGCAAAGUUGAGGCUCCUCUACCGCUUAGCUCCAGCGAGCGAACUCCGCUCCCUGCCUUUGCGCCCGAACUGUGAGGCGCCCCAGCUGUCGACCUUCCCUACCCUCAGUGGCAGGCUGUUUCUGGUCUCUGUCGGUCCCUCUAAAGAACCGGCAACCCCUGAACCCCUAGGCGCUCCUGGUGGUGCCUCACCUUCGCGGUUGGCCUGUCUUCUGAGAGGAAAGGAAGGAUUCCCGGCGGGCCAGGAGAAGACUGAAAGUAGCCAGCCAUGUCGAACGCGAUGUAUAAUAAAAUGUGGCACCAGACCCAGGAAGCCCUCAAUUCUUUGCUUGAUAAAGAAUCUCAGAACAUAAUAGAACCACAAAGAAGUCAAGUCUUCAUCUUCCAGAUGCUGGCCACCUUCUACAUCAAAUACGUGCAGAUAUUCAGGAACCUGGAGAACAUCUAUGACCAGAUAGUCCAUCCGCAGAAGCGAAUACUGAUCCGGAAGAUACUGGACAGCGUGAUGGGCCGCAUCCUGGAACUGAAGAAUGACAUGGUAGAGUUGGAACUGACUGAGUUCCAUUAUUUUGAUGAUAUCUUACAGGACCUGAAGUUGGCUCCCCAACAAUUAGAUAUUCCCAUACCCAAGUAUUUUUUGAAGGAGAAGUUAGAAGCCAUAAAAGAAAGAGAGAAGAUCCUCACACAGAUAUUAGCAGAGAGUGGACUAAAUGUUCCUGACAUGAAAAUCACCAUGAAGCCGAUGCCCUUGGAAGAGGCCAUUAAGUUGCUCCAGAUUGCUGAGCGGGCACGGCAAGGUCGCCUACGAGCUUUGUUCAUGAAGCAAAUCUAUCUCCAGGAGUACAGAGCAAAGCAGGCCAAGCUCCUCGGACAACAAGUAGCAGACGCUGCAGCUGCUGCGGUCCGGAUUCAGAAGGUUUGGCGAGGUUUCCAUCAGUGCAGGAAAACGGAGAGAGAGAGAGAAGAGGAGAUGGUAUUCCUGGGAAUGAACCCUCCUCCCCGCUUUGAAGAAGUGAGCCCCACAAUUACGCAGGCCCAGAAGGUGGACCGACUUCGGAACGAGAUGCAGGUGAAGCACGAGGAGCGCUACAGGGAAGCCCUGGUGACCAUCAAGAACGACCUGCAGCUGAUCGAAGGCCCAGACAUCAAGGAGAACCUCCAGGACCAGAUCCGGCACUGGUUCAUAGAGUGCAGACAUUUGACUGGCACAUUUCCUAACUACCCUGAUGCAGAGGACGGAGGUUCGGCUGUUAUUUUUUCCAACAAGACCCCAGAACAGGUUAUUGACGAUAUCCUCACAAGCCAAGAAGAUGAGGAAAAGAACAAGAAGAAAAAGAAAACGGAGAAAAAGAAAACCAAAAAAGAGAAAGAAAAGAAAGUCGUAAAGGAAAAACCUAAGGAAGAAGAUGAGGAGUGGAAAAUGUCACCAAGCGUUUUCCUUCAGUCACUGCAGGAAGGAAAUAACUUAUACAAAGACAUGUGGAUGAAUAAAGAUGAAUCCUGGAAUUUCCUUCAGGAUUAUGAUCCAGAGCUGAUCAGACAGGAGAAGCGGAAGGAACUGGAGACAGAGAUAAGAGUGCAGGUUGACGAGUUGAUGAGACAGGAACUAAAAAACUUAAAACUAGCUGUGAACAAAGAAAAGGAACUUCCAGUCAGAGAAGGAAGGAAGAGAGAGAAGAAAGGGAAAAAAGGCAAAAGAGGGAAAAGAGGGAAGAAGGACAAAGAUCUGACUGAUGACAGGACCGUCGAAUCUCUGUACAAGGAGCUGGUGGAGGAAGGGCUGCUGAUACAGUCCCUGAAGGUCAACCUCUCUGAUUACAUUGGCGAGUACAGCUACCUGGGGACCACACUGCGCCACCUGACCAUAGAGCCCAUGCCCUCGCUGCUGGACGUGCGGCAGCUCAUCACCUUGUAUGGGAUCUUGCCGCUAGGCUCUGCAACAGUGCACGAGAAGGCUCCCCUGGUGAAAUCGCUGCUGUUGGCCGGGCCAUCCGGGGUAGGAAAAAAGAUGCUGGUCCAUGCCAUCUGCACAGAAACAGGCGCCAACCUGUUCAACCUGUCAGCCGCCAACAUCGCCGGGAAAUACCCAGGCAAGAACGGGCUCCAGAUGAUGCUGCAGGCUGUGUUCAAGGUGGCUCGACAGCUUCAGCCAUCUGUGGUGUGGAUCCAAGACACGGAGAAAACCUUCUACAAAAAAGUUCCCAACACCGAAAAACAGAAUGACCCAAAACGCCUGAAAAAGCAGCUUCCCAAAAUCCUGAAACUCCUGCAGCCAGACGACAGGAUUCUGAUCGUGGGGACAACGCAGCGUCCUUUUGAUGCCGAACUCCAAUCUUUUUGCAAAGUUUACCAAAAAAUCAUUUUGGUUCCCAGACCAGACUAUGCUUCCAGAUAUGUUCUCUGGAAACAGAUCAUCCAGCGCAGAGGAGGGGUCCUUACGAAAGCCUUGAACAUCAGCUGCCUGGCCAAGGUCACUGAUGGCUUCACCCAAGGACACAUAGUGGAAGUGAUCAAAAAUGUGCUCACAGAGAGGCGGAUUCGUCAGCAAGUGCGUAAACCUCUCACCGCGGGGGAGUUCAUCACAGCCAUCACCAGCAUGAGCCCGGUGUACAAAGAGGAGGAAGACUGCUUUAAGGACUGGUAUGCCAAAACACCCCUGGGUAAAAGGCGAGCCUUGUCAUUCACAGUUGGUGGCAAAGAAAAGGAGAAAGAUAAAGGGAAAAAGAAAGGAAAGAAGGAAAAAAAGAGGAAGUAAUGCCUUUCUGAGGAGCCAUCCCCGAGCCUCUUUGAGAUGUCGAUGGCCCUGAGUCUCCAGGGAAGAGACUCACCUUCACCCACUGCAGAAGCCCCGAAGAGAAAAAGCCCCAGCUAGUGCUACCAACCACCUACCACUGACCACCGACCACUGACCACCGACCACUGACCACCGACCACUGACCACUGACCGCCGCAGCUCAGGUCUCCUUCAGUGGGCAGACACCAAGCCAGGCAUCUGCAACAACUGCUUCCACCAAUUGUAAUUGUUCCUUAAUCUACCUACACUGUGCCUAUCACUGAAAUUCACUUUCCACAUACUCCAGGCCCUUUGCAGGUUGAACCCUUGUCAGUACUAGAGUCACAUUUAAAAGUCUGACAAAGACUAUGCUGAUUCGACAACUAAGCUGGGAGUGUGUUCUCGGUUGUUUACUAAUCCAUAUACGCUGUAUAUUAUCUUGCACAUAUUUUAAUAAAUUACUUCUCUGCUCUAGUAUUUUAUACACUGGAAUAAAGCUGUUGCUUGAACUGU